CCAUUUUCAAUUAUUUUUGUUUUUAAUUUUUGUGUUUUCUUUUUUUUUUCCACACUAUCUCUGCCGCACAUAUCCGUUUUGCCGUGUCCGUAUCUGGGGACCGUGUCUGUGAAACCGAAGCUGUAAGCUGAGCGCGUAACCCCCCCAAGUUCAUGGACAACCCUCAGCAGUAUCAACCUCUUUCACAUGCGUUGAACCCGCCAAUCGUGCCGGCCCCCUACGAGGACGAAGAAGACGAGGAGGAGGAGGGCGAGGAAGGCGAGGAAGAAGUCGCGGUUGAGAACCAGCUCGGAAGGGAAGACGAGGAUGGAGACGGGGUCGCCGGGCCAAGCAAUACGCCUCAUCGGACGCUGAAUGCCACAGCUAGCAGUGAACAUCGCGAUGCCCCUUCGUCCUCUAAUCGGUUACAAUCGAAUGGUCGCUCGGCGCCUGACGAUACUGACCGUAAGCGGCGUCCUGGUAGGCCUCGCGGCUCCAAAAAUCGACGCCCGCGCGGUUCGGCGACCGACGCGUCGAGCACACAACCAGCGGGUCCUCGAGCUUCAUCACCUGCUGGUGCUAGCCUUGGAUUUCAUCGAUACCAGACUUCGGCGGCCCCCGGAGAAAUACACCCACAUAAUCAGCAGUACUAUGAGUUUCAAUGGCGUGUACUAAACCUCUGUGCUGAAUUUUAUGGCGCUGCUGAAGAGCUUGUCAAAGCGACGCCGCCGCUGGUUGUUGCUCAGUGCUACCAGGUGGGUUCCGCGGUGAAGGUCGACCCUUUGACCAUGCUUAGUGAGGCCAAGAAAAUAUGUGAUGCUCUGUUAGCUUCUCCAGCCCAGCUGACCAGGCACCCACCACCACUGCCCCUGACGUUUAUACCAAGUUGCACACCAGCAACAGCUCCCUCAAUACCAUCGUCCAACGGAAAGGCAACUCCGGUUACCCAAUCCACGACCUCUGUGAUCACCAAUCCUCAAUCAUUUGUGGUACCAAUGAGCCACUCUCAACAAUCUUCGCAGCAGUUCGUUCCGAGCGUGUAUAAUAACCCUGCAUACCCUACAGCUCCCUAUUACGGCUAUGGAGGAUACGGUGGAUAUUAUCCGCCAGUUCCGCAGGCGGGACCUAGCACAGGCAGCUCUACGCCGCCUGCUAGUGCCAGCGCAAUAAACAGCAACAGCGCCGGAAAUCAGGGCGCAUGGUCCGACGAAGAAACUGAGAAACUAAAAAAAUUGGCGGAAGAACACCGAAGCAAUACCGGAGAUAUCGCAUGGGAUGCUCUGUGCGAAAAGUGGGGCAAUUCAAGGACCAGACACCAAAUUCUUAUAAAAGCGACGUCUCUCGGGUUGAAGGAAUCAUCUUCGCGAGGCACUAAGCGGAGACGAGAUACAGAUAGUCAUACCAUCCCUGACCGCCAACCACCACCACCGCCCACACCUUCUGCGCCACCCAGUAAUACCAACCAGAUUGUUGCUCCCGUCCCCACUCCGAUGUCCGCCCCGUCACUACAGCAGCCAACACAACCCGCACACGCCACAGUUUCUCCCGCUUCAUCCACACCAGGGCCAUCGACGCACCCUUCUCCUGCCAUUCGACAUGCUCCUCCACAGCAACAACUACAACAAACCACAUCGCAUCAAUCUCCACGUCAACAGCCCCAACCACCACCAUCUACCCCACGAUUUACAUACCCGAUGCCAACUGUGGCAGCUGCAACUUCGCCAGUCAUCUCACCCAGCGCCAUUCAACGACCCGAUGGACAGAGUGCCGCCAACCCCUACUAUCGUCGGCCAAACCCUUCUGCGCAACCAUCCGGACCGAAGCAGCCGUCCCAGCCACACGGACAUCCUGGAGUCGCAGGGGCAGCUCAGUACAUAUACCAGCACAAUGGACGGCGAGAAUCCUAGCAGCUACAGCCCUUUGGAGGGGAAAAGACUACUGUGUCGUGGGUGAUUUUAUGCUUGUACUGAUUUCGUGGGUGCUGUCCUAUUAUGUCGAUUGAUGCCGUUUGUGAGUGUAUUUUGGCCAUUGUUGUAUCGUUCCGCCGCUACUGUUUGUGUAGUUUACCCGACAUAGAUUAUUCUAAUACCAACUUUUAUUCCUUGG